AGUCAGAACAGAAGGACCAAAACGUGUGUAAACAAAGUUCAACGUCACUCAUAUUUAGCCCUGGAAAAUCCUAUUUAGUGUGACGAUACAUCAAAAUGCAUGCCAUUGAAGGAUCUGGGAAUGUCCCGGCGUUUUUGACAAAGCUCUGGAGACUUGUAGAUGACGUGAAAACCAACGAUUUGAUAUGUUGGACACAGAAUGGACGAAGCUUUAUCAUUCGCAAUCAGGCCAGAUUUUCCCGAGAUCUUCUUCCACAGUACUACAAGCACAACAACAUGGCAAGCUUUGUGAGACAGCUGAACAUGUAUGGGUUUCACAAGGUGGUCUCAGCAGACUCUGGAGGCCUGAGAUUGGAGAGAGAUGAAAUGGAGUUUGCUCACCCACACUUUUUGCGUGGCCAAGAAGCUCUCAUUGAGAACAUUAAGAGAAAGCAACAGCGUAGACUUGCAAGCGAUGGAGUCGAAUUUUCCCAGAUACCAACAAGCCGCACGGUGAUCCUGGAGGAAAACAAGAGUGUCAGCAAGCUGCUGAGUGAUGUGAGGGAUAUGAAGCGCGACCAAGAUUCUAUGAGUACAAAACUGUUAGGCCUUAAACGGGAAAAUGAAGCCCUGUGGAGAGAGUAUGCAAGUAUGAGACAAAAGUUUUCCAAGCAGCAGCAGAUCAUAGAGAAGCUCAUUCACUUCCUCAUUGCUAUGGUCAAAUCACCCUCAAAAACACUAGCACCCAAGAGAAAAUUUGGUCACCUUGCAUUAGAAGGUGGAGAAGAUGCUACAGCCAAGUUGAACAACCUCACCCAGUUUACCCAAGGACCUGCAAUGGAUGUGGUUAGUGGAAGCACCAGUGGAAUAGGGGGUGCCCAGAUCCAUGAAGUUACAGAUGUGAUUGAUUCUGAAGACCCAGAGAUGAUCACUAACAUCUUCACUGUGUCAGAAGAAAACGAGUCAGGAGUCGAGCAAGUGCCGUUACUACAGACCACUACCUCGAGAGCGCCAGAGGAUCUGGCUGAGCAGGACCUGCAGAAUCAUGUUGAUGAUAUGCAGACCACCAUUGACUCACUGCAGGAUCUCCUUUCAUCAGGAACAUUUAAUGUUGAUCCAUCCAUGCUUCUUACGGAUCUCCUCACUUCAGGGACUUGUAAUCUAGAUCCACUCACAGCUCUCACAAUGUUCAACACUGAUGAUAACUAUAUCCCAGAGCUGGAUGCAAUGGCUACAGCAAGUGGGAAUGAGGUUUCUGUAUAUAAUCCAAGCCUCUUUGACCUGGCGAGUGAUAUCGAGGAAGACCCUCUCAGUUUCCUCAACACCCCACUGCCCACUUGCUCCACCGCCACAUCAGACGUAUCGCCAGUGGCCUCGUCCAGCGCCAGUGCUGUCAAGCCUUCAACCAAAAGUGGCCCAACACCGGCAAAACACCUUAGACUGAGCAUAAAGAAAGAGCUAGAUGACUAUGAUGAAUUAAAUACCCCACAGAUUAGCCCAUCCAACUCCACUAAGCCUGUAUUUAGAGGGAAGAAACGAGGGAAUUGAAUUGCUUAGAAGUGAAUGCUUGGCUUGAAACAUGCCCGUUGCCUCGGUUUUCAAUAUCAUUUGCUUUUAAGGCCGUGCAUCAUGAUUUUUUUUUUUUUUUUUUUCAAAAACUGACAUAUCUCAGUUUUUGCAGACUUUAUUUAAAGGACCAGGAAUUUAAUUCAUGAUAGCAUUUAGUUUUUUUUUUUUUUUUUUUUUUUUUUGUGAUACAAAUACAUAAGUGAUACCAAUUUAAAGUUUUUUCUUCUUCUUUUCUUUUCUUUUUCUUCUUCUCUCUGUGAAGAUGAUUUCACAUAAAAGUGCAAAUGUAGAGAAAAGUAUGAAAAGAAAAAAGGAAUCACAGAUAUAUAUAUUUCCUCAAAAAAUAUAGUUUAGAAUUAUCUGUAGGUAGAGCUUAUUGAGUGACAUAUUCAGUCUAUAUAGGUAAUAAGCAUUUCCCUAGAGGUAUAUCUAGCUCUGUCAUACAGCUUCUAGAUUUUGGAAAAAUUACUUUGAGUAUGAAAUUUUAUGUGGAGUCAGUUGUAACACAUAAAUACCUUUCUUUUUGAAUUGUAAUCUACUGAUGUGUUUGUGUGUAUAUAUGUAUAUAUAUACAUAUAUAUAUAUGAAUUGGUAUGAUUAUAAAGAGAAAGCUAUAAUCAUCUUCUUGGUCUAACAUUUUACGGCAGUACCAGAUUCAAAAGCUUUCAGAAAUAGUUAUUUUCUGAAAAAAAAUAAGCAUUUCAAAAUAUGGGGUUUCAAAAUUUAGUAACUGUAAAGAUUUAUACCCUUAUUAAUAUCUUUGCAUGCUAAAGGGCUCCUAUACACCAAUAUGAUGCAUACAUGAUAGAUAAGUGCACAUACACAUGUAUGGUUUAUGUGAUAUACACAAAUAUGUGUAAAUUAAUAUUUGUACAAGAUUGUACAUAAAUAUAUUGAUCUCUGAGGCUUCUCUUUCUGUCUCUUUUUCUGU